UUGACGAGGUAUAGCUUAAAGAGGAUAUGUAAAAAAUCUAUUUAAAAUUGUUUACAUAUUAUUAACACGCUCUUUACCGGCUUUACUCUUACAAGCAAUAAUAAAAAUAUUUGUAUUGUAUUUUAAAUGUUUAUAUUUUGGUUUUUGAUGAUUUAGUAUACUCUCAAAAAAAAUAUUGGGAACACCUCUGACAAUAAUAUUAUAUAAAUAAUCCGAUCUGAUAUUAUCGUACGUUUUAAUAUUGUCGUAGAAUAAAACCUCGGCGAAUUUUAUUCGACCAAUCAGAGAACAGCUACGGUCGUGUAGCAACGUACAGUUUUUUAAUACGCUUUCCGCGGCGUCGGUACACUAUACGAAAAAAAACAGUGCCAGCUGGGCGGCGCCGGUAGUCUCUAUCCCGGGUACUAGUCGGCGGGGUCGCCGCUUAAGGCUAGGUUCACACGGACGCGUUUGAUUUUCAUUCACACGGACGCCCGUCAAGUGCGGAAUUUCGGCCGUACACCAUCUAAAAUCCGACCUAGUCUGUAUUGUUACAGUAUUGUAUUGUUAUAGUAUUGUAUUGUUCAACGAGAACGGAAGUGACAGACGACGUGUGUUUGUGUGCGGGCCACACGUCGAAGAAUGCGAAGACGAAGAAAACGAGAAAAAAAAAAGAAAAUAUCGGUUGAUAAUAUUACACGAAAGCAAUCGUACGGCCACAAAACGUAGUUUGCCAGUAUACUAUCAUAGUAUAUUGUUAUAUUAAAUACUUUAAAAACGUUAAAAAUGCCACCUCCGAAAAACGCAGCCCUAGGCGUGAGGAGCCUACUACCCCCCCGAGCCGUGCCGGUCGGGCGUCACCACCACCGCGUUUUUGGACUUAAACCGAACGGUCCGAUGACGUUCGACGGUAUUUAAUCUCGCGACGCCACGCGCGCAAAUGGAAUCUCGCGACGUCGACGCGCGUCCCUGUGAAACGGGCCUAAUGGGUCAUACAAGCCAACGGACGCCGCCGCCGCCCACGCGCGAACUACGGGCGGGCAUGAUCCGCGGGUCGCGGGUGUACGGUCUCGACUCGUACCCGGCCCAGAGGCUACGGCAGCCGCCGACUUGUUCCCGCCUCCGUUCGGACGAUUUCUCUUCUCUCGCGCACGCGCAACGCGUACGGCACACGAGCCGCACAAACUCGCCGGCCGACGCUGCGCAAACUCGAACGCGAACGCGCUCACACGGACGCAAACUCGCGCACGCGCGGUCCCGUCGUCGUGCGGGUGCUCCGCCCCCACCACCCACCGCCGCCCCCGUCGGCCGUCCCGGACGUCGCUAUCCCCACCGCGGCCCGAGAGCCGGUCGGACGGGUCGGACGCCGUCCGACUGUCCGAGUUCAUUUGCGAUUCGUCCGCCGACGCCGUUCGCCGUGCCUCGAAACCAUCCGCCUCGUGUUUCCCGUGCGUGUAGUUUCCCGUUUCCCGGCAGCCGUUCGUCUGAACGUUUAUAUUUUUUAUCAACAACACACAAUAAUUGUCGUUCGAUACUAUGUAUUUAUUUAUAUUUUCACAGUAAUCGUUUUUUUUUUCCGCUUUAUCGAAUACUUCGGCGUUUCGUUAUUAUUUUUGUUGAACAACGUGCUCUGCCCCCGCCCCUCCUCGUGCCACCGGUGACGGACGAUUAAGAAAAUGGCAAGUGUUAUCGUUCCCGCUAACAAAGGAAAAAGUGUUACAAAUAAAUGCUAUAAUCCUAAAAUCAAUGCGAUGGCUCUUAAAAUGGAAAACCAUCAUCAAAAAACUGCUUUAGCCGCAGCAAAACAGCUAAUUCCUUCUCGAGCCAAUUUUUAUAUAAACAGAGCUGGUAAAGCAGUAAAUUUUAAAAAUGCACCGAUUUCAAAAAAGAAAAAUCAAGAAAAAUUACUUAAAGAUAGUGAAGAUGUACAAAGUAUUGAAGGUGUAUUUGAAUGGAAAGAAAUUGCAGGAUACUAUGUACCAUAUAUUAUUCGUGUAAUUAAUGGUGAAGAAUUGAAGUUUAUAUCUGUACGAAUGGCUGAAACUCAACUGCUCUGCAAUUACUUACAAUAUUUACAUGCAGAUAUUUACACAUAUGCAUCAGUGAAAAGUUACUUUAUCACUGAUUCAGAAGCAAAGCUAUUAAAUGAUAUUAACGAAAAACAUAGUGAUAGUAUCCAUGGAAAAGAUAAAUUCUAUGCGGGCAAAGAUUAUAUUGUUCGUUUAGAAGAUUUUCUCGAGUUUUAUACAUUUAUAAAAGAAUGUUACAAUAAAAUACUGGGCAAUAUUACUCCUGGUGGUAUAAAAAAAUGUGGUUUUAUUCGUAUCAAUUCUGAAUCUCUUGUACCAUACUGCCUUAAAGAUGACCGUAAAUAUCUUCCACUUUUCUAUUUUGAUGGUUUCAUAGAAAGCAUUAUGCAUUUAACUGUAAAACUUGAAGAUUUGAACUUGGCCUAUCUUCAGUUCUUAUAUAAUGUUCAGGGUGUCAAAACUGAGCUGCGUACUAAUGAUAUAUGCACAGUGAUUGCUUUCGAUGAUGUAAAGAAUAAAUUUACACAAGGCACACGUUUUGAAGAGUAUUGGCCUGCUAAAUUGGUUCAUACACAGCUACUGAUAAAUCAAAAUCCUAUUCGUAUUCAUCCACCAGGUGUCUGGAUCAGAACCCCCCCUGGGGUACCUGCCCCUGAAAGUACUAUUUCACAUUCAUUGACAGCUUCAGCACCAGUGGUGCCACAAAGUAUGCCAGUGGUAAUGAAUACCUUUAAAAAUGGAUGGCCACCAAAUCGAUUGGUUAAUUCAUAUACCACUCCAGCUUUGCCCCCACUAACAACAUGUGACUAUUCUAUUGCAUCCAGAAAUCAAAGUAUAGCUGCACAGUGCUAUGAUGUGAAACCACAGAUGUCUCAAGGCAAUAGUCAAAUGAAUGGUUGGAGUCAUGUUAUACCACCACUAUCUCUUAAUCGUGCAAACAAUACCGCACCAGCAAUUAGUAAUACUGUGUCAUAUUCCAACACUGUGCCUAUUAGCCAAUGUAUGACAAUCAUGUAUAAUCCAGUGCCCAGUAGCAGUGUGAUGUCACACUCAAAUCAAAUGCAACAAUUCUAUAUUCAACGUCCUAGUAACAAUAGUCAAGCCCAACAACAACAGGUACAACAGCAUCAACAGCAGCUGCAACAAAGACAACAUCAACCCCAACAGCUGCAACAAAUCAUUAUUACUCCUCAAGUUCAGCCAUAUAGUGGUCCAAGAUCUGUGAUGCACGGUCGUUUAACUAACACUCAACAGCGUAACGCUAUAAAAAAUGUUGCACCAGUUGUAAAUACCCGGGCUACUGAAAUCAUUGACUUAUCAUCUCCGCCGUCUAGUCCUACUCCCACACCUGUACAAUAUGCUCCUCUUAGCCCUAAUGUUGGAUUUAAAUUAAAAAGAAUACCUGAACAUACACCGGAACACUCAACAAAUAAUGCAGCAUACAUGAUCUAUAAGGCAUCAAUCAACCGAAGACUGAUCCACAGCAUAAACUUUGCACCUUAUAUAUAUGCAGAUUUGUUGGUGACCGUAGAAGACUUGAUUCAAACGCAGUUGUUUUCGUGCACUAUCUCAAGAUGCGCGUACAUCUUGUACAAAUACUUAAACAUAACGCUAUUUUGUGGAAAUUCUGAACAGCUGAACGUGUUGCGGGAGAGCGGACGUAUCGGGUCGACAUACUCGAAAGACACACCAAUGGUCUUCCUUAAAGAUAUCGUACACGUGAUGCCACAACUAAGAAAUUUGAUGUCUGAGCAAGAUCAACAAUACCAAUCUGUAGCUGGACCGUCCAAGAGACGUCGCGCCAGUUAGAAAUCGGCCGGGCACGGCGGAAGCCGACCCGACUGGCCGAAGCCGCCAACGGGUAGCAGCAGCAGCUGCAGCGGCGGUAGCGUGAUUUCCACCCCCGCCGCCACUAUUGGUUGGUACUCACCGACCGAAGCCGACAGCGACAAUUGGUUAGACGCCGGUGCUGGUCCCUAGCAAUCGCCGCACCCGCAUCAUCCACUUCUGCACCCGCCGGCGAAAUUUUAAAUCGUGUCACGGCGGCUCCUAGAUAUGCCGACAGCUGACUCCUCCACCACUUUCAUUUGACCCACCCAAUUUUACGAUAGCAGCGUGAUAACGUUCAUCUUGAUUGUAAAUAAUUUCCGCCGGGCAGAGUUUAGGAGUAUAUUUCAUAUUUUAAAUGUUUGUGUUAAUAUAAUUUGUGUUAUUGAAUAUAACUUGUGUUAUUUUGUACAAAAAAGUAAAUAAAUAUAUUAUUAUGUAUGUAUA